AUGAAGUGCCUUCUAAUCCUUCUCUUCUUUUUUGUUAUAGUGAGUGGAGCUGGGAGAAAUGAAAAGAUAGAUCCAUGUCUGGAGGAGUUUGGAGUAACGGGACCUUGCAGAGCUCGUAUUCCCAGGUGGGGACGUAAUAAUGUAACUGGAGCAUGUGAGAAAUUCUUCUAUGGAGGUUGUCAUGGAAACGGAAACAACUUCCCAAGCAGAUCUAAAUGCAGGAAAAUGUGCAAAGCAUGA